AUGAAGCUUUCAACAUGCUUGAUUACUCUUAUUACAGCUUGGGGCACGGCUGCCCAACACCCUCAUCUAGAGGAGGGAAAGUGGAAAGCCCCGGGAGCAAAUGAUUGUGCACCCUGUCCUAUGAUGAACACUCUGGCCAACCAUGGAUAUAUUCCCCGCGAUGGAAGAAACAUUACGAAACCCAAUAUUAUUGCAGGCCUAGCAAUGGGGCUUAACUUCAAGGAGCCUCUCGCAAGUCUAAUGUUCGACAUGGCUAUCAUUGCUAAUCCCGAGCCGAACGCAACAUACUUUACACUUGACCAUCUCAACCAACACAACGUCCUUGAGCACGAUGCGAGCCUCAGGUUAGUGAUUACGGCAAGUGUUCUCUUGCCUCCACGCAACUUGCUGAUGUUUGCUAGCCGCACUGAUGCCUAUUUUGGAAGCAACCAUGUUUUCAACUGGACCAUCUACGAAAAGUCAAAGGCCUACUGGACUGAACCUAUCAUUACUGCUCAGAUGCUGGCCAACAGCAAACUCGCCCGCCAAGUUGAAUCUCGAGCGUUUAACCCGACGUACAGAUUCACUGCCGAUACGGAAAACUUCAGUCUGGGAGAAAUCGCUGCACCUAUCAUUGCAUUUGGGGACAUGGCCCUUGGAGAAGUCAACCGUACCCUCGUAGAUUAUUUUUUCGUCAAUGAACGGCUACCCGCCGAAUUAGGAUGGCAUAAGAAGGAAGUGGCUAUUGGCGUUGAGGAUAUCUUAAAAGUAUCUGACAUGAUUAAGGCCGCGACUAGUCUUAUCACUGGCCCUGAUCAUUCUAACUCUUGGAACAAACGAGACUUGCACGUCGGUAUACACACCUAA